CCUCACUGGCCUGGCCCGGGCGCGGCCCGAGCAUAAGAUGCCGAAGCCCCUACCUCCCUCACCUCACAAUUGUCAAUUGGAAUUUCAACCUCCAACCUCGCCCAUCCGCUCGCGGAACCUGAAUUAGCUCACAGCCUCCACAUACUUUACCUAAUCGACUUCACCAGCAACAUGGCCACCGAAAAAUACGGCGUGUUAGAUAUCGCGGAUGAUGUUGAAAACGUGGAACAGUACAUUUCAGGAGGGCUCCAUCCCGUCCAUCUUGGGGACAAAUUCGACAACGACCGCUACGAGGUCAUCCACAAGCUUGGCCGGGGUGGCUUCUCAACUGUUUGGCUUGCCCAAGACUUACAAGAUGGCCACUAUGUUGCUCUCAAGAUAGUUUGUUCUUCGUGGACGGAAUCAUACGGCCAGCUUGAUGGCAAGAUCGACAAACUACUGAACCCUCACCCCGACUCGUCACACCCAUCUCCCGCCCGCCACUUUAUUGUCGAGUUGCGUCGCUUCUACGUAACGAGCAAGAACGGCAUCCACCUGUGCCAGGUGCUCCCCGUCAUUGGGCCCAGCAUGCACGAUCUGAGCCAGCCCCCGUGGCGAUUACGUCCGGCUGCCUGCAGGAAGCUGGCACGCGAUGCCGCUGGUCUGUUGGCUUCCAUGCACAGGAAGAAUAUUUGCCAUGGAGACUUCACGCCUUCCAAUAUAGGGCUCGACAUUUCGCCUGAGUUCCACAAACUGUCCAAACAUGACUUUUUCAAGCUCGUCGGCCCCCCAGAAAAAGAAAAGGUUCUUCCACUUUCAGAAAAGGAAAAGACUGGCCCUGGCGAGCACGCGCCGAAGUACGUCGUCAAGUCUGUGGAACUGGCACGGCUCGGAGACCGUUACCUGUCCUGGAAUCUCCGAGUCAUGGACUUUGACCAGGUCUUCGGCGCCAUAUCGCCCGCCACGCCGAGCUCUGGCAUCGCAACCCCGCAGCAAUACGUCGCCCCAGAAGCCUUGAUCGACAGAAAGCCGGGCCCGGGAUCCGACGUAUGGGCUCUGGGAUGCACACUUUUUCGCAUGCGGUCGGCCAUAUCCCUAUUCUCCGACUCCGAGAGAAUGCAGUCGUGGGAAAACCACCUUAGCGAUAUAUUUGACUUCACCAUUGGCAACCCGCCUGCCGCGUGGAAUGAUGUCAUUUUCCCCGACGACGAACACCCAGUUCACGGGAAGGUGCAGAAAUACGGUUGUGAUCCCAUAGACAGGAACUACGACCUUAGAGCCAAGGUCUUUGGCAUCUGGGAUCUGACGCCGUCACGGGCCAGCACCCCGGCGCCGUCCCGGUCCAACUCGUCGUCUCUAGCCGGCGGUGCGACACGCCCGGGAACUCCUUCCGCACCUCUCGAGACACCGUCCAAUCUCAUUCUAAAGUCACCCAGGAGCGUGAAGAACUGGUUCAACGUGACAGCCGAGGAAGGCUUCCCGCACAUCUCGGCCCAGGAGGCCGAGUUGUUCUAUGACCUGCUCAAGAAGAUCUUCGAGUACGAUACAAGGAAACGUAUCACGGCCGAAGGCAUUCUCGCGCACCCGUGGCUGAAUAUGCAAUAACGUGAAAGUCUUGCUGGCGAGACUGGGGCUGAAUUGACGGUGCCAGCCUCGGGCGGCAACCAAAAUGCACUCUCAUUUACCGACACUGUCUGGUAUAUUUUUUUGACAUAUCAGUGAUGCACUCGUUAGUUUGUUUAGCUCCCAAGGCUGUCCAUAUUCCCUUUGUAUCAAAGUGAUCAAUAGCACUCACUUUCUAGAUGCAAUAUCCAUAAAUUUAUUGCCAAUGUGAUCACUUCGCCACAUCAAUUGUGCCAGGCGCGAGUCGGCUAUUUCGC